CGCUGUUAGGAAUGGGCCCCAAACCUAUUAAGUUAGACAGCAGAGUUGUUGAAGGAGAGCUGGAAGCACCUGAUGCUCAUCUCUGGGACAAUCCGCUCCAUGUUUCUGCCCUCUUGACCGCGGUCAGAAUAAAUCUACCUCCAGGCUCCAUCACUGUCGACAACUUUUUGCUGGUCUCCUCCAUGUUUUUUUCUCACCCAAAGAAUAGUUGAUAAGGACACUUUGCACUAGAUUGCCUUUGUUUUUUGUUUUUUUAAACAGUUUCCGUUUACUGUAUUUAUUUAUUUUUUAAUAUUUGUUUUGGCACUAACGAUGCACACCACGCAAAAGGACACGACCUACACGAAGAUCUUUGUCGGGGGUCUUCCUUACCACACCACGGACUCAAGUCUCAGGAAAUAUUUUGAGGUUUUUGGCGAGAUCGAAGAGGCUGUGGUGAUCACCGACAGACAGACCGGCAAGUCAAGAGGUUAUGGAUUUGUGACGAUGGUGGACCGCUCUGCCGCCGAUCGGGCCUGCAAGGACCCCAACCCGAUCAUCGAUGGCAGGAAGGCCAAUGUGAACCUGGCCUAUCUGGGGGCUAAACCUCGUGUGAUGCAGCCAGGUUUUGCCUUCGGCGUUCCCCAAAUCCACCCUGCGUUCAUCCAGAGGCCUUAUGGCAUCCCGACCCAUUAUGUGUACCCCCAGGCCUUCGUUCAGCCCAGCAUGGUGAUCCCCCAUGUGCAGCCUGCAGCCGCUGCACCUGCCACCGCCACCGCCACCUCUCCUUACAUCGACUACACCGGGGCUGCCUACGCGCAGUACUCCGCAGCGGCUAACGCAGCUGCGGCCGUGGCCUAUGAGCAGUAUCCCUACGCCGCCUCCCCGGCCGCACCGGGCUACAUGGCUACCACUGGCUACGGCUUUGCUGUCCAGCAGCCACUGGCCGCCGCCGCCGCCCCGGGGUCAGCCGCCGCUGCGGCCGCGGCCUUCGGGCAGUACCAGGCUCAGCAGCUGCAGGCCGACCGCAUGCAAUAGCACAGGCAAAGAGACGGAUGGUCCACUGCUGGUCCCAGCUGAAGUAUCACAAAUAAGACAGGUGGGCCGGGUCAGCGCCAAGGCUGAAGUUCUUUAAAAGCUGGUGAUGACAAUGGUGAGAUGGGAUAGGAACUUUCCAACUUGCUGUGCUUUAUCUGAACAAAAAAGCUGAAAAUGAAAAAAAGGUUGCAGAACAAACUAUGGAAAUGAUCAGUGUUGGUAUUACUAUGAAUACUAUUCUUAUUGCUAUUGUCACUGGUAGUUUCUAGAGUAGAGUGACAGGAACCUAGUGGUUGGUAUAAUGUAGGCCUUUAAGUCCUAAUGCUGUCUCUAACGUUAGUUUGAGGAAUAGCCUCUUUUUCUUCCACUCGUCAUGUUUCAAAAGUGUUAUUUGGUUAUUUAAAGCCCUCAUAACAUUACUAUUUUAUUUAUUAUUCUUGUUAAUAUCACACAUUGAGGGUCCUCCUUGUAUUUUUCUUUCUGUUCUUUGAGUUAAUGUUUUCUGAUAAUCAGGGAAAUGAAACCGUUUUCCAAUGUGUUAGCGAUUUUUUAUUUUUUUUUUUACAUUUCUGUCUGGAAGUCGAGGUGUCGUAAAUCGUUGUGUCAAAAACACAUUUGAAGAACUACCUUAAUGAUCUUCCUGAUGCUGAAUGUCCCAUUUCCUUUCAUACUCAGCCUUAACCUCUUGACCUAUGCAAAGCAAACAAAUCAACAAAAGAAAAGAAACAAAACUGAAAAAUGUCAUGAGCUCUGACCAGUCUACAGAGAGAGAGAGGGAGGGAGGGAGGGGGUUUCGCAGAGACAACAGAAACACUGACAAAAGAGGGAAGACAAUGACAAACACUAAAUCUGUUGCUUUUCCACAUUUCACUCACAUUCAUGCAUCCAGAGGCUGCAGAGCGCUAAGAGACAAAGGCAGCACAGUGGCGUUGCUCUCUGUGACGGAGAGGG